AUAGAUGAAGUGCACAAUUUAAUGUCGACCUUCGACGGCAUCGUCAGGGAGUUUCCCUACAUACGCAUUGACAACUUCACCAACUACCCCGAGGAGCCGCCUCCGCUCGCCUGCUUCCUAAGCCAUGUUCACAGUGAUCAUUUAAAAGGACUCGAGUCGUUCAAGUCGACUUUCGUUUAUUGCACUGCUCAGACUCGAGAGCUACUACUUCGCCUAGAAAAGUAUCCCCACCGCAUGAACUUUGCAAGAGGCAUAUUGGAGUCAAGAAAGCAGACAUAUCGCCGCCUCAAAAAUCACAUCAAACCAAUACCGCUCGAAACACCGACUGAGAUCGAAUUAGCUCCUGGGCAAUCCAUUCGAGUAACCCUCUUUGAUGCAAACCAUUGCCUGGGAUCAUGCAUGUUCCUAAUAGAGGGCAAUGGUCAAGCCAUUCUUUAUACUGGCGAUCUUCGAUCAGAGCAAUGGUGGGUGAACACACUCAUUCGCAAUCCCGUUCUUUUGCCAUAUACCAGAGGUACUCAGAGACUUGACAACAUAUACCUCGACACAACUUUCACCUCUAGCGACGCUUUGGAAUACGAAAUGCCCUCAAAGGCUGAGGGUUUGACCGAGCUAAUCAACAAAGCCUCCCAAUAUCCUCCAGAAACCAUCUUCUAUCUUAACACGUGGACUUUUGGCUAUGAGGAGGCCUGGGUUGCACUUUCAGCCGCUCUAAAGACUCGAGUACACCUCGAUGAUUAUCGCUGGCGGUUAUAUUCCUCGCAAAGAGAUCAGCCCACAUGCUAUGGACCGCAGACUGCACCUUUAGUGGGCUAUAAACUCGGCAAUCAUGAGCAUCCCGGAUGCCUAACUAAUUCGUUGGAAGGCGCACGAGUUCACAGCUGUGAACGAGGGACUCGUUGCGAACGGACACACUCAAUGUUAACACCAUAUGUAGCUCAUGUGGUAUGGAUCACGCCAAUAAUAGCUCGUCACAAAGGCUACGAGAUCGCUGAAAUAGGUGCCGGUGGAGGUCAGGGUGACCUGAACCAGACGCACUCUCUUGAGUUGUACGAUCAGGCUAGCGUUCAGCAGCUGUUACUCAUCUGCAAUAGAGCCCUUCAGGCUCAGCCUGAGCUCAAGGGACCAAUGAAAGAGUGGUUCUCGACUUUGAUGAAGAACGGCAANGAGUCUAUCGACCUUGAUCUCGAGAUCCUGCGUGACGAAGUCGAUAUCACGAGUCAAGACGGUAGAGCCGAUGACGAGUUCGACAUGGACAACUUGCCCAUUGACAAGCUAGUUCCGGCACUCACAAGAUUGAUCACCGGCAAGUCGAAACAGGAGGAAGAAGAUCGUAUCAAACAGCAGCGACAGAUUCUUCGCGAACUUGUACAAGCUUUCAAACCAAGAGAUAUUUACCCUUGCACUGUCGAUCGAUCUACCUACACAUUCGAAGUAUCAAUGGAAAUGCUGUUCGGAGACAUUUGCUCGGCCAACAUUUUCCAAGCAGACAAAGAACUCCAUGCACAACUGGGUAUCAAGGAUCCAGAGGCGAACGAUGAAGAAUCUCAAAGGAGUACUCCAUCACCCGCAAGGGACAGGUCGAUGUCACCAGAGUCGAGGGUUUCAAAAGCAGCACUCCUGUAUGCUCAGACAGAGCAGAGCUCCCAUUCAACGACAUCAAAGGUCAGCAUUAGUCGCAGCUCAUCAACAGUAAAGUAUGAAACACCACAGAAGCGAGUGAAGAUAUCGAGGUCUGGGCACAGCAGCACUCCAAGUAGUACUCAAAGUGAUAGGAACGUGCGGCGGGAAGCAAUGUUCAAUGCGGCUCUGAACCAAAAAUGGGAGAAGGGCUUNUUUACCAGCGUGGAU